AUGGAAUCCUCUCUCUUGAAAAUGAAUCAUUGCCCAAAAAGUAACGAGGAAGAAGACUAUAAGUCUGAUCCAAAAUCCCUCACAUACAAGGAAAUCAUUUCAACCCUCCCAAGAAGAAAGGGUUAUAAUUGGGUAGCUUAUUUGUACCAGUACAAAGGUUUUUGGUAUGGUCCAUACCACUUAGAUGGAAUCUUGUCAACUCAAGACCAUUUCAAGUCUCAGCCGAAUGAAGUGAUCAUUAGUAGUGUUCCCAAAUCUGGCACAACUUGGCUUAAGUCCCUAAAUUUUGCCAUUAUGACACGAUCCUGUUACAAUGAGUCUACCAGUCCUUUACUCACCCAGCAGUCACAUGAUCUGUUACCCUUCUUUGAGCUUGAAAUUCUCUCAAACCCUCCAAAUUUUAAUGUAGACAUACCACUUGUGGCUACACAUAUUCCCUACACUUCUUUACCAAAAUCCAUUAUGAAUUCUAGUUGCAAAAUUGUUUACAUAUGCAGGGAUCCAAAGGAUGUAUUUGAUUCUCUAUGGCACUAUUCUUGCAAGGUCAGUCACAAGGAUGCAGAACCUUCUAUCAUGGAAGAUCUUGAUUUGGGGAAGGGGUUUGAGUUCCUUUGUGAAGGAGAAUCUGUUUGUGGACCAUAUUGGGAUCAUGUAUUAGGAUAUUGGAGAGCAAAUCUAGAAUCACCUAAGUGA